AUGAACUUUAAAUUACCAAUGCAUGAAGCACUCAAACCAAUAUCAUGGUUAAAAGGUCUAUGGAAGACUAAAAAUGUGGGGCUUGGUAAAUACCCGACAAUUAAAUCCUUUGAGUAUUGCGAAGAAAUGAGUUUUAGAUCAAUAGGUCAGCCAAUGUUAAACUACACUGCACGAAGUUGGUAUGCAGAUAGUAAGAAACCAAUACAUUAUGAAGUUGGAUUUUUAAAAAUAAUACCAGAUACAAAUAAAGUGUACCUAUUGUUAUCACAUAAUCGUGGUUAUAUAACUAUUGAAGAAGGUACAAUAGAAAAUGAAAUUAUUAAGUUGAAAACUGCCAGUUUACGGAUUCCAAAAGAAGGAACAACUUCGCCUCAAACUACAGAGCUACAAAGAGAAUUUAGACUUGUUGGUGAUUGCUUGCAACACACAUUAUGUAUGGCUACUACAACGACACCUGAAUUACAGGAACAUUUAUGUGCAACUUAUAUUAAAGAAUGUGAGAAGGUUGAAUAA